AUGGGAUCCCCGAUGCUGGUAGGCCACCAGCGUGGGAAGAACUGGACGAAACACCAAGGUCCAGACGGAGCCACGAUAACGGCUAGCCGGGCCCAGGGUAAUAUGGAGCCGUUUAAUCCAGCCACUCCCGAGAAAUGGGCCUCAUAUGCUAUGAGGAUGAGGUACCAUAUGGUCGCGAACGACCUCACAUCACUGGCGAGACGCGGCGAAUUCCAGGAACGACGCCAAGCGCCGGGAGAAACGGUCGCCGAGUACAUUGCCGUUCUAAGGCAGGCCGCGAAGUACUGCGCGUUCCCCGAUGUGAAAGAUAGGCUCCGUGACCAGCUGGUUAUCGGCCUUAGUGACAAGAAGGUCCUUCGCCGUCUUCUGUCCAAGAAAUCCGUGACUUUUGAAGAGGCUUUGGAAGACGCAACGCAAGCCGAAGCAGCUGCCAGGGUUUCCGGUGCAUCGGACCUCGAGGGAGCGACGUACGGCACGGGGUCCACCAGAGACACAACCCAGGUUCACUACGAAAAUGACAACCCUAUGUGUCUGCCAUGGCCCAGAUGGGCCGAGACGAGCGUAAAGUUGUUUUGUGGUGUCAGGAGUGAAGUGAUCAUGGAAGCUUGGAGCGCACAUCCCCGAUGUUUCCUGACCUGCUUGAUCGUCCUGCUGCUUUCUAGAUGGAUGGCAGGUGCCAGAGCCGAUGAGCUGGUGGUUCUGCAGACCCAGGGACCCCUGCGGCUGACUGCAGGAGAGACCCUCACGCUCAAUUGCACGUUGACUGGGUUCGGGCCCCCCGGGGGCGUCAGAUGGUACAAAGGCUUAGACCGAGGCCAACCUCCCGUUUACAACGAUAAAGGAGCACCUCUGCCCCGAGUGGUCAGGAUCGUUCCUCAGUCGAACACAGACUACAGCAUCCGCAUCAGCAACAUCCAGCCAAAGGAUGCCGGGACCUACUACUGCGUGAAAUACAAGGCAGCAACCCAAGAGACAGAAUAUAAAUUGGGAAAGGGCACAGAGGUUUCGGUGAUCGCCACACCGUCCUGGCCCUCUAUCACCGGCCCUCCAGGCAGAGUGGAUCCAGGGUCCUCCGUGACUUUCAGCUGCUCCUCAGAAGGCUUCUUUCCCCGAGAUAUCACCCUCACCUGGCUUAAGGACAGGAGGAGCAUCUCGGCCCCCAAGACUGUUAUUCUGCCCCCAAAAGAGAGCACCUCCUACCGAGUCCUGAGCACCUUGGAGGUCUCCCUCACAGAGAGGGAUGUGAAGUCCGAGCUCACCUGCCAGAUCCAGCACAGCACCUUAUCCGACUCCCUGCGGCAGAGUUUUAAACUUGGUGAUGCCCUUCAAGUUGCACCCAAGAUAUCGGUGGAACCCGGCCACCUAAUUGAGGCCCUCGUGAACCAGGUAGUGACCAUCACCUGCAGCGCGAAAGGUUUUUAUCCCAACAACACGAGUUUGGUAUGGAGAGAGAACGGCAGUGAGACGGAUCUCGCCAUGGCUGAGCCCGUGGCCCAGGACCAGGAUGGGACGUUCUCCGUGAAGAGUUCCCUGGAGGUGAAUGCUACCGAGCAGAGGAACCACUCCGUAUUUAGCUGCUACGCAGUGCGCAGUUCUCAGACUUCGGAUCCUGUCAAUGUGACCCUGAAGAUACACAAAGAAGGAACAAAACAUAUCUCUUCAGAAAGUGGAGGGAAUUUCUUCAGGCCUCCUCUCUCGUAUAUCCUCGUGCUGAUCUGCUUGCUCGUGGUCCUCUUGGUGGCUGCCGUCCUCUACUUCGUCUGGGCCAAACAGAGGAAAGGUAAAGGUUCUACAUCUGUGAGGUUAAAUGAGUCCGAGAAGAUUUCUGGGGGUGCAAAUCAGGAGCCGGAUCCCAACAACGUUACGUACGCAGACUUAAACUUCGACAAACCCCCCAAGAAGAGUCCCCGCCAAGUAGUCGAGGUCAGCCAGAAGUCUGAGUAUGCCAGCAUCCAGACCGCUCCACUGGCGACCCACGAUGAAAAUGUCACCUAUGCAGAUUUGGACAUGGUGCACCUCAGCAAAGCACCCAAGAGACCUGCCCCGCAGCCCGAGGAAGCCAGCUCGGAAUACGCCAGCGUACAGGUACAGAACAAAUGA